CGAUUGUAAAACGUCAAAAGUUAUUCAUAUCAGCAACAUUUUUUCGACUGCUAUCGCUGGACACAAGUGAUUUAGAGAGAAAACUACUACAAAAUCAACCAGUACAAUAGUUUAUUACAUAAUUUAAUAUCAGUGUUCAAUGGCAUCCGCCACUCCACAGGGAGCCAAUUUGCUUUAUGGCCUACGUAAAUCAAAAAAGUUCACGGAAGGACUAGGAGCUCAGCUACCAUUAGCGUACAAGAAAUUUUGGGAUGAAUGGAAGCAUCGACAACCUGCGGCUGUCCACUAUGUUCCUAAAGAUGGAAUGUUUCAACGAGAGGAUGUCACCGGAUUGGUAACGCCAAUUCAAAACAUACCACUGCCCCUGAUCGAUCCCCCAGAGGCCAACCAAGGUAUUUGGGGAGGAGAAGCCAUCGUGAAAGGGUUCCAGAAGCGCAAUCCUUACAAACGGCGAGUGCCUCACUUUUGGGUUCCAGUUCUGAAGCGGUCCGUCGUACACAGUCAAAUUCUAAAUGAGCAUAUGGCUGUUACCGUGACUGAUCGAACUUUGGAUCAGAUUCACGAUAAUCACGGCUUUGAUCAUUAUUUGCUGAAAACGCCAGCAUGUGACCUACGCUCUAUGCUCGCCAUCAAACUCAAAAAGCUGAUCCUAGUGGAUUUGCUGGCCGGGUGCCCCAAGCAUGCUGCCCAGCCCGAAAAACAACAGGCAAUCCUGGAUGAAUAUUCUUGUUACCUGUCUCAGUACACCCCGGAAGAAAUCGACUGGUAUGGGUUGACGUACACCGAAGCCAUUGCCAAAAUUCAGGACCAGCUCGAAUCACAAAUAGACAAACGUCCGCAUAAGCUUAUUUUUCGUCAAAAACUAAUCGAGCAACUCAAGGAAGCAGGUAUCAAGGAAGCGCAAGGCACUGAGGAACUUAAAGGUAUCGAGGAUUCGAGCUCCUCCUGGCUGUCAAAGCUUAGCUUCAAACCGAAGAACUGGUAAAUCCUUCCCACUACGGUAGUUAUUCUUACAGGUGAAGAGAAAAAUAGAAACAAUUAUCAAAUAAUAUAAA